CGUACGUACAUACUUUUAUCUUCACCUUCUUCGUCGUCUUCUUCUUCCACUACUCUUCGCUCUCUGUGAUUCUUUCCGAGACAAUGACGGACACCACGGACGACAUAGCGGAGGAAAUCUCGUUCCAGAACUUCGAUGACGACUGCAAGUUGCUCGGGAGUCUUCUCAACGACGUGUUGCAGCGUGAGGUGGGUGGCAGCUUCAUGGAGAAAGUCGAGAGGAACCGUACCCUCGCUCAGAGUGCUUGUAACCUGAGGUUGGCGGGGAUAGAGGACAUGGCGGAGCUGCUAGAGAAGCAGCUAGCUUCGGAGAUAUCGAAGAUGACGUUGGAGGAAGCCUUGAUCCUCGCUCGCGCAUUCAGCCAUUAUCUCAAUUUGAUGGGUAUUGCCGAAACACAUCACAGGGUUCGUAAGGUACGAAGUGUGGCGCCUCUAUCAAAAUCUUGUGACGACAUUUUUAAUCAGCUGGUGCACGGUGGAGUUUCCCCAGACGAGCUUUAUGAAACAGUUUGCAAGCAGGAGGUUGAAAUUGUUCUUACUGCACAUCCCACACAAAUUAAUCGUCGCACGUUACAAUACAAGCACAUUAGAAUUGCCCAUCUCUUAGACUACAAUGACCGAUCUGACCUUGGUCAUGAAGAUCGAGACAUGCUGAUCGAAGAUCUGGUGAGAGAGAUAACUUCAAUCUGGCAGACAGACGAGCUUAGGCGCUACAAACCCACGCCUGUUGAAGAAGCCAGGGCCGGCUUGAAUAUUGUUGAGCAGUCCCUUUGGAAAGCUGUACCUCAUUACUUACGACGUGUCAGCAAUGCUUUAAAGAAGCAUACUGGAAGGCCUCUUCCAUUAACUUGCACACCAAUUAAGUUCGGGUCUUGGAUGGGGGGUGAUAGAGAUGGAAAUCCGAAUGUAACAGCAAAGGUCACAAAGGAUGUCUCUCUCUUAUCUAGGUGGAUGGCUAUUGAUCUCUACAUUCGUGAAGUUGACAGCAUCAGAUUUGAACUAUCCAUGAAUCGAUGCAGUGAUAAAUUGUCAAAAUUGGCACACGAGAUUAUAGAAGAAGAAACUUCAUCUGAUGUUCGACAUGAGAGUUGGAAUCAAUCUUUGAGCAGAAGUCAAAUUAAGCUUCAUGGCCAACAAGCUCCAGCCAUUCCAACACAUCUUCCAGCUCGAGCGGAUCUGCCCUCUUGCACUGAAUGUAAUGAUGGCGAAUCUCAGUAUCCCAGACUAGAAUUUCCUGGAGCUGAUUACAAGCCACUGCAUCGUCAGGAUGGUCAGGAUUCUACUUCAGAUUCUUCAUUUCAGGAUUCACAUCACAUGUCUUCACAAAAUGGAAGUUCGGCUAAUUCUAACACUACACAGGCACCUGUGACACCAAGAGCCCAGAUAGGAAGGUCCACCUUCCAGAAGCUUUUAGAACCAAGGGUCUCUCUAAGUCCUGGAAUUGCUCCUUACAGAAUUGUUCUCGGCAAUGUAAAAGAUAAGCUUAUGAAGACACAAAAACGUCUGGAGCUUCUUCUCGAGGAUCUUCCUUGCGAAUAUGAUCCUUGGGACUACUAUGAAACGUCAGAUCAAUUACUGGAACCACUGGUCCUGUGCUAUGAAUCUUUGCAAUCAUGUGGAUCUGGGGUGCUUGCUGAUGGUCGGCUUGCUGAUCUCAUCCGAAGAGUUGCUACUUUCGGGAUGGUAUUGAUGAAGCUUGACUUGCGUCAGGAAUCUGGUAGACAUGCUGAUACACUAGAUGCAAUAACCAAAUAUUUGGAUAUGGGUACAUACAGUGAGUGGGAUGAAGGAAAGAAACUAGAAUUUUUAACCAGAGAACUGAAGGGGAAGAGGCCACUAGUUCCCCCAAGUAUUGAGGUUGUUCCUGAUGUUAAAGAAGUCCUUGAUACAUUCCGUGUGGCUGCUGAGCUUGGGAGUGAUUCACUUGGAGCCUAUGUCAUUUCUAUGGCUUCAAAUGCAAGCGACGUCCUUGCAGUAGAGCUUUUGCAGAAAGAUGCAAGACUUGCUGUUAGUGGGGAAUUAGGAAGGCCAUGUCCUGGGGGAACGCUGCGGGUGGUUCCUCUGUUUGAAACUGUGAAGGACUUGAGAGAAGCUGGAUCCGUUAUUAGGAGACUAUUAUCAAUUGAUUGGUAUCGAGAGCACAUAAUAAAGAACCAUAAUGGCCACCAAGAGGUUAUGGUUGGAUACUCUGAUUCUGGUAAAGAUGCUGGGCGUUUCACUGCUGCUUGGGAACUUUACAAAGCCCAAGAAGAUGUUGUCGCAGCUUCCAAUGAGUAUGGUAUUAAAGUUACUCUAUUUCAUGGGCGUGGAGGGAGUAUUGGUCGUGGUGGUGGCCCAACAUAUCUCGCCAUCCAAUCCCAACCACCUGGCUCUGUAAUGGGUACCCUGCGGUCAACUGAGCAAGGAGAAAUGGUACAGGCAAAGUUUGGGCUACCACAGACAGCAGUCAGACAGUUGGAGAUAUACACAACAGCUGUUCUGCUUGCAACCCUACGGCCUCCACACCCGCCCCGAGAAGAACAAUGGAGAAAUCUCAUGGAGGAGAUCUCAAAAAUCAGUUGCCAGAAUUAUCGAAGUGUUGUCUAUGAAAAUCCAGAAUUCCUUGCUUACUUCAACGAGGCUACUCCUCAAGCUGAGCUUGGCUUCCUUAACAUAGGAAGCCGUCCUACCAGAAGAAAGAGCUCAACAGGAAUUGGACACCUUCGUGCCAUACCAUGGGUCUUUGCAUGGACUCAAACCAGGUUUGUUCUACCGGCUUGGCUAGGAGUUGGGGCAGGUCUGCAGGGUGUUUGUGAGAAGGGACAUACUGAUGACCUAAAGGCAAUGUACAAAGAGUGGCCUUUCUUUCAGUCCACCAUAGACCUUAUCGAGAUGGUUUUAGGGAAGGCAGACAUACCCAUAGCCAAGCACUAUGAUGAAGUCCUUGUCUCGGAGAGUAGACGAGGGCUUGGUUCCGAAUUAAGGGGGGAGCUCUUGACAGCAGAGAAGUACGUACUGGUGGUUAGUGGUCAUGAAAAACUUUCCGAGAACAAUCGGAGCUUGAGGAGGCUGAUAGAGAGCAGGCUCCCCUAUCUGAAUCCUAUGCACAUGUUGCAAGUGGAGAUACUAAAGAGGUUACGAUGUGAUGAUGAUAACCACAAACUCAGAGAUGCACUACUUAUCACUAUCAAUGGAAUUGCAGCUGGUAUGAGGAACACAGGUUAAGCAGAGAUUCUCAAGCUGUUGGCUAUACAACUCGUUGCUUGAAACUUUCACCUUUCCUCUGUUUAGUUUUAUGUUGUCUGUUUUGAUACUAAGAAAAUAGAAUAAUAACUCGGUUGAUCACCAAUUGAGAGGCCUGGCUGCUGCAGAUUGGAGAAUAUAGGUCCCAAUUGUCUGGUACAUUUAUCGGUCUUAUGAUUUUAUUAUAUUGCAAUGCCAAAAGCUAUGAAACUAGUCU